GCGCACGCAAGGCAGGACGGAAAGUAGGUGGGUGGGGGAGGAAGGGUGUGGCAUAUACCCGCUCGGGUCCAGUCGAGUCCAGCGGUAGCAGCUCCUCGCACGCACGAUGACGGCGGCGGCGUCGCAGUCGACCAAGAUGGGCGUCGGAACCAAGGUGGCGCUGGCCCUUCUUUCCCUGUGGUCCCUGGUCUCCCUGGUGGUCAUCGUCACGUGGUCCACGUCCCCGGACCUGCAGAGCUCGGCGCGCUGCCGCCAGGAGCUGCGCGAUAGCCGCGAGAAGACGCUGGGCGCUCAGGCGCUCUGGGCCCAGGACAAGGACGAGCUGGAGGAGCGGCUCCGGCGCGCCAACGAGAGACACGCGCGCGAGGAGGCAGCGCUCGACCUGCUCGCGCGAAGCCUGGAACACGCCAACCUCACCUUGGACGAGUGCCAGCAGCGACAGACGGUCCUUCUGGCCAACAUCAGCACACUGCAGGAGGAGGCGGAGCUUCAGCGCCAGGCGCAUCUCAACUUGACCGAUCGGCUGCAGGGUCUAGAAAGCCACGCGGAGGCGCUGCAGCACAACCUGACGCAGAGCGGGCACCAAGCAGCGGUUUGCUCCAGCCUAAAGGCGGCCGCCGACAACCACGCCGCCGCCGCGCAGACUCAGACUCGCGCCUGCGAGGCCAACCUGGACUUCCUGCGCAAACAGCUGGUCAAGUGUCAGGAUGCCGAGUCGGUAGCCCCGCCCCCUCCGCAGACCCAGAGCGAGCAGCCCUCCGAGUCCGGCUCCCGCUCGGCGGCGCCCUCCGCGGUCGCGCUGGUGGUAGUCCUCUGCGCCGGCCUUCUCGCCAGCUGAGGGCGCUCGACAAAGGCGAAAGAGCACUGAGGUCCGAGAAGAGGGCGGAGCCUGGAGGAGGGACCAUACGACUGCUGUACAAAACAAACUCACACUCAUUUUUCUGCCGGCAGAGGUCGCCGAUUAUCAUCCAAAAGACCAGCUCAAGAC